AGGAAAACCAUCGCAGGAUUUUAUUAAAGGCCGGUUGGGUCCUUUUUCUGAUGUGGUUUCAGCAGACGCCGAUUGCAGCAUCGAUAGGGCUUUGACUGGGAGCAAUCACAUCUACAAUGGAUAAAAAUAAAUUAGAGCUCACAGUGAAAACGAGCCCUGAAGUCGCCAAUGCCACUUAUAAGCCGAUCCCAGAAAAGGAGAUUGAAGAACAAGCGCUUUCGCGACCCACAUCGCUCAUCAAGGUAAAAGCCAGCCCACAGGUGGAUGGUGCCGAUGAGAAGAUGCUGCCCGCAGAUGAAGAAGUCAUACCUGAAGUGGUAAUUUUCAAUAAUGAUGGGAAAAGUCCUCAGAAUGGAGACACAAAAAUGGACUUUGAAGACCCCAAACCGGCGUUUGUGGGCUUGACCAAGGAGGAGCUGAUGCUAUAUGCGGAUGACCCCUUCUGGGUACGCUUGAGAUUGUUCCUGUUCCUUGCCUUCUGGUUUCUAUGGGUUGCUAUGCUAGUUGGGGCCGUUCUGAUUAUUUAUGCUGCCCCCAAAUGCGACCCUCCACCGCCUAGGACUUGGUACCAACAAGGCCCCCUCACUCAACUGCCUGCUGAUACGAAACCGGAAAAUUUGAAGCUGGAUGACAAUAUCCGAGGCGCGAUAGUGCAAUGGAAUGCGGAUGCCUAUGAGCCUUUGGAGAAUAAUCCCCAAGGAUUGGCUUUAAUUGCAACUGCGACCAAGUAUGGAGCCGAUGUGAUUGUUCAGGUUGAACCUGCUAUCUCCAAUGUGUGGUUCGAGAAGUCUGAAAAAUCAGACCCGGAGUUCGAUAAUUACUACAUUUGGCGAAAUGGCAACAUGCAGACUACUGAUAGCAGUGUUUCGCCUCCUAAUAACUGGGUGAGUCCGAACAACGUAUCGUCCUGGAAAUAUUCGGACACUAGGCGUGAGUACUACUACGCACCAUUCAACAAGCCGCAUCUAAAUUUUCGCAACAAAGUGGUGAUUGAGCAGUUUUCCAAAGUAAUUGAAAAGUUCUUCGCCCUUGCUAAUGUGAAGGGAAUCAGCCUGCGCAAUGCUGCUUUUCUGCUGGUGGAUUCCGCCUUCCAAAACGAGGAAGUCAACAGCAACUUGGACCCAGACUUAACGCUGACCCAAUAUGCAUUUUUCAAGCAUUCCAAAACGGAAAACUUGCCGCAAUUGGGAUCUUUGUUGCAGCAGUGGAAGGACGUGAUUAAAAAUAAGACCCGCACAGGGUUGCUGAUGGUUGCGGAAGAUCUUAGCAAAGUGGAAUCCUACAAAGUGAAUGGUACUCUUGUGGUGGACAUGCCUUUGCAGAGCCACAUUUUUUCGAAGGCCAAUAUAUCAGUCAACGAGACUGCUACCAGUCUGAACUACACGUUUAAUAUUAACGCCAUCGAGUGGCCUUUAUGGGAGGCAAAAACCAGCGCUGUUCCAAAGGACGUUUUAGAUAUUAUAACUUAUCUGUUGCCAGGCGCCCCCUUGAUUAACAGAACUGAUGUACCCGCCCCAGUUUUGCUGAAAAUCAGACACAGCCCUUCUAUCAUGAGAGGAAUAUGCGGAGUGUAUAGUUUAAGCAACAAUACCAUUCUAGCUUUCUUACGGCAAAGGGUGACGCCUGGGAGUCCUGGAAUAUUGGUAGCAGUGAAUCCAACUGAUUCAACGCAAAUCGCCAAUUUCCCAGAAGAAAUUCCCCUGUUGACCAAUCUUCAAGAUGUCACGGUUCGUUACUACAGCCACAGCUAUAAUGAAACGACUUUCAAAGAUGUGGGAGCUAAAAGAGGAGCCUCAGCGGUGCCAGUAACUGGGAAAUCAGCGAUUGUGUUGGAGUAUGUGCCAAAGAAGGAGGAGUAAGUGCGUUCGCUGUUACGUUAAGCGAUUCUAAUUUAAUAAGAAACUCGGCCAGAACUUUGCAAAAAAUUUCUAAUUUCCUGUUAGGUCGUUAGCCUUAGUAGCAACUUACUAAUAAUCCUGCAACUUUAGAAGUAAGUGUUUCAAUUGCCGCGCCUCAUAGCUCACAGUUUCUUUUCCAUUUGGAACGUCAUUCUCUUCGGAUAUUGUCGGAUAUGCGACAGUCCGCACUGAUUUUCCAUGUACUAAAAAAUAUGUUUUUUAGUUAGGUCAAAUUUUCCUCAGUUACUAAUGGGCGUGCUCACUUUCGCAACUUUCCAAAAACUGAAUUGAUUCUUGUAUAAUCGAAUCCCGUAAAACAAUCAUAUGUUUUGCCAUGUUCUCAAUUAAGCUUAGAAAACACCGUUUGGUGUAGAACCAUGUAUCAGUACCCAGCUUUUUAUUGUAUGGUUCCAAAGACUUCAUAACGCGUGAUAUACCGAAUUCGUAGUUGCCUUUGGAACAGUACAAAGUGCUGUAAUAAUGUUGUUAAUCAAUAGCUCGACUAGUGGUUCACAUUUUACUAACCCUAUAACAAGAUUUAUUAUGCAAUGA